AAUAUCAACUAAUCGAUGUUUUGUUUUGAUUUUUGUUUUGAUGAAAUUUAAAAUUUUCAAUUGUGUUUUCUCAGUGUAUUGGCUUUUGUUAAAUUGUUUAAUCUAAUUGAUUAAUCUGUUGAUUAAUUUCUUUUAAAAUUCAGGUACCAUGGAUGCAAAUACUUUAAGUGCUAAAAUAAUCAAAGCUGAAAUGCUUGGUGACAUGGAUCGAGUAGAAGAGUUGAAGAAACAACUUGACCAAUUAACCAAACAAUUGCCAGAAUCAUUUAAAUCUACGAACAAUCAACGAGGUAGAGAUAAUCAUAAUCCAAAUUAUCAUCAUCAACAUCAUCAUCGUAAUCAUAAUCGUCCAAAAGAUUCAGGGAAUACAAAUGAAUUGAACAAGUUAAAUGCUAAGAUAAUAAAAGCUGAGUUAAUGGGUAAUCAGGAUCUUAUCCAAGAAUUGAAAUCUCAACUUGAAAAGUUAAAGAAAUCAUCUGAUGUUCAACAAUCAAAUCAACCAUCUAAAUCUGAUCAACAGGUAAAUCAAAAUUCUCCGGACAAUUUGAAUAAACUGACCGCUCAAUUGAUGAAAGCUGAAAUGAUGGGUGAUCUUCAACGAGUGGCAGAAUUAAGGAAACAAUUAGGAUUCAAUGAAGAUGAUAAUAGUGAUCACGAUGAAGAUUUAAUCGUAACCCAAGGAUCUCAAUUGGGACCCACAAAUGAGCCCACCAGAAACGCUAAACUAAAUCAAAUCGCCAAGAAAAUGUCUUCAGAUAGAUUAGGUUUAAAACAAAUGUUUGUUAGUGCCAAAAGAGGGGACGUUGAAGACGAAGCUAAAUUGUUCAUCGCCUCAUCAUCUAAAUUAAUCAACAUGGACGAUGAAUAUGAAGAUGUUGUUCGGAAAGGAAACAAGAAACGUAAACAAGAAGAUAGAGAAGAUCGUCCAAAGAUAAUUCCCGAUGAGCCCGAAGAAAUUGAAUGUGGACAUUGCGUUCAAAAAGUUCCAAGACGUUUAGUUAUCGAUAAAAAGUCAACCGUUUAUCUUUGUUUACCUCCUCAUGAACCUUUCGUUGAUGGUCAUUGUUAUAUUCGUAGUGUAAAUCAUGUAAGAUGUUCAGUUGAAGCAGAGGAAGAUUGUAUCACCCAAAUUGCUGAAUUACGUCAACAAUUAUGCCUCCAGGCUAAAGCUCAAAAAAAGAGUGUGGUUUUCAUUGAGAUGUACCUGAAGAAAGGGCGAAAUAAACAUUUCCAGAUUGAAUGUUUUCCUAUUAAGAAAAAGUAUUUAUCUGAUUGUAAAAUGUAUUUCAAGAAAGCGAUUCUUGAAUGUGAAAUGGAAUGGUCAAUGAACAAGAAACUGGUCGAGAUUAAAGAUAAGUGUAUUACUAAAUCAAUUCCAAAAGGACUUUCAUAUUUUUGGGUCUCUUUUGGUCCAACAAAUGAUAGUUUUGGACACGUUAUUGAGGAGGAACAAUAUUUUCCUAAACACUUCGGUUAUGAAGUUAUCUCUGGAUUACUUGACAUCGACCGGUUCAAAUACACAAAACCAAGACCCGAAUCAUAUGAGCAACAAGUGGAAAGAGCAAAUAAAUUCCGAGCCAUUUGGAAUCAAUCAACAAUAGAUGAACAAUCAACCGAUUCCGAAAUAAUGAAAACAUGAAACUGUAUUAAUUUUAAUAAUUGUAUAAAACCAUAACAAAUUUCUUCGAAUCUAAAA